AAUACAUGGAUGGAUGGAUGUUAGAAUGCAGCAAAAACCGACUGCAAGGGUGAGCACCUGAACGCAGCGUUGGAGUAAUGCUGUUGUUGAUUGGUUACAAUACCUUCUUCUCUGCCGCCCCCUAACGGCGGAAGAGACGAACUAUUAGGGUUUUUGUUUUUUUGUCAGGCUCUAACUGGUGAUGAAGAUGACGAUGAUCCCUGUGGCAAGUGUGCGCUAAGAACCUGCUCUCUCCUCUCGCAAGAAGUCGUCCUACUUUGUAAAUAAGCUGAGUGAAAUUAUCGGGCCGCCCGUGAAUUGGCGGUCGGUGGACAAGAGCGACAAACGACGGCAUUGCGGGAAGACGCGGACUACCAGAGGAGCUCCGCGAACAUCGGUCACCGAGCCUCGACGACACCAGUCGGGAUUCUUAAACCCUCAGCAACUGCAGUGAGGAUAUAGGAGCUCCAGACCCAACGACAUUUUUAAAACGUUUUUCUAAAAAAAAAAAAUGCAGUAUAUUUUGUAGGCGACGAGUAAUAGUACUGUAUUUGUGCUCCAUUUUUUAAAAAAGAAAGCCGCCAUAGGAGCUGACGAGAUGUUACAUUCGGAUUACUCUUGAAGAUAUUCACUCAGCAGUUGGAACCAGAAGAAGUGAGGCUCUCCCGGCAGGCGUGUGAAAAGACUGCUGCUUUACUGUCCUAAUUAGGUUUUGGAUGCGUGCUGUUUAUUUGGCUUCGUGAUGGAAUAAAAUGGAUUGUGACGAAGAUGUAGAGGAUGCUGCUAAAGAAAGGGCGAACAUAAGCUCUUCUCCUGUGGUUUAGUUAUUUUUAUGUGGAAUGAUAAUGUAUUGAGAAUAAAGAAAGCAAAGUAGGAGACGGUCACUAAUUGGACCUGCAGCUGACCUUUAUUAAACACCUGGAGUACAGAAAGAAAGACGUCUGGCCGACCAGGAUCACUGGGACGAGUGUGAACAAAGAGAAAGAGACGGAGGCUGACAGAGAAGAAAAGGUGUGGAGGAGGUCUAGGAGGAGUGAAAAAAGACAUUCUCCAUGGCUACAGACCCAGGAGAGCCCACGGGCACAGAGGAAUCGUCUGAGAAACCAGAUGGACAGAGGGCGGAGGACCUGGACCAGGAGGGUCGUUCCAACAGUCAGAGGGACAGGACACACGGCACUCCCUCAGAUUUCCUCCCAUCCCGGUCUCAGGAGAAGAGAAUGACAGGGGGAAAAGAUGGAGCAGGAGGAGGAGGAGAAGAUACUUGUAAGGAGAGUUUGGUGACCCCAGUCAAAGCUGUCUUCUUCUCAACGCACACUAUGCCAGUUGACACCGGUCAGAAAUGUCUUAAGAGGGAGAAGCGCUUCUUUAGGAAGAGUGUGGAGAUCUGUGAGGAGGAGGAGGAGGUGGUUCUGCCAGAAGCCCCCCACAGCGCACCCCACCUGGAACUGCGCUCCUUUGACCCUGUCUUCACAACCAAUGUCCCGCAGCAAGGGGCUGUGUCUUGCGCUGCCCUGGGCCAUGAUCCAUCCUGCACCAGCGGCCAGGAGCCUGGCAGGGGGGGCCCUCCUUCCUCACCCAAUUUAAAGGGGAAGGAGAGGGACCGUGAGCUGGAGGAGGAGGCCGAAAUGAAGGCUGUGGCCACCUCUCCUGGAGGCAGGUUCCUUAAGUUUGACAUUGAACUGGGCAGAGGAGCCUUCAAGACUGUGUACAAAGGCCUGGACACCGAGACCUGGGUAGAGGUGGCUUGGUGUGAGCUUCAGGACCGCAAGCUGACCAAGGCUGAGCAGCAGCGCUUCAAGGAAGAAGCAGAGAUGCUGAAGGGGCUCCAACACCCAAACAUUGUGCGCUUUUAUGACUCCUGGGAGUCUGUACUCCGCGGCAAGAAAUGCAUUGUGCUGGUUACAGAACUCAUGACCUCAGGAACCCUCAAAACUUACCUAAAGCGCUUCAAGGUAAUGAAGCCUAAGGUCCUGAGAAGCUGGUGCCGGCAAAUUUUGAAAGGCCUUCAUUUCCUUCACACCAGAGCCCCUCCUAUAGUGCAUAGAGACCUCAAGUGUGACAACAUCUUCAUCACAGGCCCCACGGGGUCUGUAAAAAUAGGUGAUCUGGGACUUGCCACCCUCAUGAGGACCUCAUUCGCCAAAAGCGUCAUAGGAACCCCAGAGUUCAUGGCUCCAGAGAUGUACGAGGAACAUUAUGACGAGUCUGUGGACGUCUACGCCUUUGGGAUGUGCAUGCUGGAGAUGGCUACCUCCGAAUAUCCAUACUCUGAGUGCCAAAACGCUGCUCAGAUUUAUCGCAAAGUCACAAGUGGUAUAAAACCAGCCAGCUUUGAUAAAGUGAAUGACCCUGAGAUUAAAGAGAUCAUUGAAGGUUGUAUUCGACAGACUAAGAGCCAGAGACUUUCCAUCCGGGACCUCCUAAACCACGCGUUCUUUGGGGAGGACACAGGUGUCCGAGUGGAGCUAGCAGAGGAAGACACAGGCACCCAGGAGUGUUUGGCUCUUAGGAUUUGGGUAGAGGACCCCAAAAAGCUGAAAGGGAAACAUAAAGACAAUGAGGCCAUUGAGUUUAGCUAUGACCUGGAGAACGACAGCGCUGAGGAAGUGGCUCUGGAGAUGGUAAAGUCUGGCUUUUUCCAUGAGAGUGAUGCCAAGGUGGUGGGGAAAUCCAUUCGAGACAGAGUGAAUCUAAUAAAAAAGUCACGGGAGCGACGGCAGCAGCAGCUGCUGCAACAGCAACAAGGCUUUGAAGAAAGACGGGACUCCACUCUAACAUCCUGUACAAAUCCAUCCUGCCCGUCUUCCAUGGGGCUAACACCUGUAUUGACUGGUGGAGGUGCUGCAGAGGAAUCUGAGGACCUAUCGGAAUUGGACCAUCAUAUCAGGCUGCAGAAUGUUGUCAGGAGGGACACACUAUGCCUGCCAGGGGAGAGCAUUCGGUCUGCCAGCUGUGAAUCUUAUGCUAGCGGACAUUCAAACUCACAGCCAGAGGAAUCAUUCGCCCUUGCUCAGACUUCUCAGCCCAUGACUACAUCUUGCACAGGAACACUGACGAAUCCUCUGAGGGUCCCAUCUGGUGAAGUUGGAGGUGUUCCAAGUCUCCCCGUUGGCCACAGUGUCAGUCUGGCCAGCAUGUCCAUCGGUCAAAGCGGAAGGCCAUCUGUUGGUCAGACGUUUCUUCAGCCCACCAGCAUAGUUCCACAGGUAUCACCAAGUAUACCUCAGCAAUAUUUUCAGUCACAAACAUUCCCAUCAGAAGCAUUUCAAUCCGUCACACCUCUUGGGUUGUUGGCCCCUACACCGUCAUACAUCACCCCUGUUUGCCCACAAGUUCUCACUUCAUCCAUGUCCCUCAGUGAUCCUGCUGGGCUCGCAGUAACCAUUGUUCCCCCCAUUCAGCAGCCCCAGGCCACUCCCAUGCAACAUACUGACAUCUUUCGCCAGCCAGCGACCCAGCAAACACAAACACAACAUCAACAGAGCCUGACAGCUAUAGCUGUCCACAAACAUCGAAAUGAGCCUCUGCAGCAGGUCUUUAUACAGCAGAACCUUCCACCAACUUCACAGGAGCAAGCGGCAUUAGCAGGAAUGGAGCAGCAGGUUUUGGCAUUACCACAGCUAGGAGAACAUUCUCAACAAACUAGAGAGCAGGCCAUCAUACAAACCCAACAGCAAGAACAGCAGAGAUUGCUACACUUGCAACAGCAGCAAGCUUACAAGCUAUUUGAUCAGCAACAAGCCCAAAUACAACAGCAGCAACAGGAGCGGAAGCAAGCCCUUGUACACAACCAAUUAUUGGAUCAGCAACAAGUUCUUAUUCAACAACAUCAGCAGCAUCAAGCUCUGCCACAACAUGACCCCUUACAACAGCAUUUAGAGCAGCAGAAAGCGGUGUAUCAACAAAACCAGGCAGGAAUACGAGAAGAUCCAUUGAUACAACAGCAAACUAGACAACAAGAAACUGUGGUGCAUCAACAGCCCCAGCAGGCUCAACAACAAGCUCUCUUACAACAGCAUUUGCAGCAACAGCUUGUCUUACAACAACAGCAAAUACAGCAGAUGCAGCAACAAAUCAACCAGCAAGCUCGACUGCAACAGCAACAAGAUGUUCUACCAGAGCAACAGGUUCUAUUACAAAAACAGAUCCAAGACCAUCAACAACACCAUGCGGCCAUUGUUCAACUUAAGCAAAUUGAAAAACAAGAGGCUGCUCCGAUUCCUCAAUAUAGCAGUGAACAGCAAAUACCAGUGAAACAAUCAGAUUUAUAUCAGGCAUUGCCCACCCAACUAAACAACACUCAGUUCAUACCCCAUACCCCUCCUAUAAGGAAACAGGUACAACAACAAGCUGCACUGACCCUGCAGGAGCAGGUGCAAACUGCUCAGCCUGAGAAUGAUACUACAGCUGCAAUGAAUCCUCAUAUCCCAACUAGAGCUGAAACCAUUCAGCAUCAAACACAUAUUUCUUCCCAAGCCCCGGUUCCCAUGGUUGUACAACCUGCUCAUUUUACUGUCCUGAUUCCAGCUCAAGCCUUCUCCAAGCAAGGACAAAGUGAAGCUCGUACCCAACACAGAAUCCAGGUACCAGUCCAGUUUGCAAGCCAAUCUGCAACUCAAGCAGUGCAAACCAUGAUGGAUGUCAGUCCUAUUGAUGGAACUAUCCAGGGACAGGCCCAAGUAGUCUUUCAAGCCCAAAAGCCACAGACUGGUUAUCCUGAAAUUACUUCUAAUGUGAAUCAAGGGUCUGCUCAGACAUUCGUUCAGGCUCAGCCGUCACAGCUAGUAGUUAGCGAGUCACAACAAGCCAACGAUAACAAAAACUCAUCUGCUGACACUCAUAUCAUAUCUGCUCUCCAACUUCCAGCUGCAACAAAUUCUAGUCAUGUACAGCAUGAGAAUGUUGUUCACCAUAAUGUGCAAAUACAAGGAGUCUUGAAGCCUCAGCUUCAGCAACAAACUCAAAAGCAUCCCCAUAUCCAGAUGCAAAGUCACACUGCCGCAGCCCUCUUGACCUCUCAGUAUGGGCCUCAGUGCACCAACCAAUCCCCACCAUUUUCACAGCAGGCAAUGGUUACGCAACAGCCAGUGCUGCAGAAUCAGCAGGUGGUUAUGGCCCCUGGCUCAACUAGAAAUGUUGGAAGCAACACAGCCAGUCUCAACUCCAUGGUAGAUCCUGAAAGCGUUGUUACCACAGCCGUCAAUAUUCCAGUGUCACAUCCAGUGGUCGUUGCCCAGCAGCCACGUUUAGGAAGUAACACAGUAAACUCUGUAAUCCAACCAAUCUCCCAGGCACAGUUACUAAUGCUUUCUCAAACCCAACAACUACCAACCAUAUCACCUCACAAGCAACAAUUGCCUUCACUAAUCCAGUUACCAGUGGAAUCCAUUUUGGCCCCAGGUCAUCAAACAUGUCCUUUCAGUCAGGCUUUGAUUCCCAGGGAAGAGACUGAGCUGCCAGCACAACAAUGUCAGCCUGCUUCACAUCCACAAACCCAUCCUGACGCACAGAUAGCCCCGAGGAAUGUGGUCGAUCCUCACUCCCAGAGCAGAAUCCCACCCAACAGUGGAGUGACAGGCAGAGUACCUUCCCCUCAGCACCAGGCCAAGCACACAUUGCCAGCACACACUCACACACAAACCAGCAUUCAGGCCCAAUCACACUCACAUACACAGACACGCAAUCAAACACAGGCUGAUUCACACUCGCAAACCGCAGCUGCAGAACAGCCUGUUCUUCCUCAAGCUGUCUUUCCUGCACAUCAAAUUCCCCUGAGCCCCUCUCACACCUCGUCUCUCCCAUCAUCACUACCAUCCCACCAUCCUGCUGCUACCCCUGCGCCAGAGCUGCCAACAUCUGCACCAGCAGCCCAGGUCACCUUACCAGGGCAGGCCAACUUUCUACAUACCUCCCCUCUGCCUGCCGCCACUCUAGAGCUGUUUAUUUCUCAUGCCCCCAAAUUGUCCCAAGCCUCACUGCAAGACCGUGACCUUUCCCUGCCGGGCAUUUCUCAGGAAUGUCUACACCUGUCAAAUACAGAACAUCCUUCCUCAAUUGGGAAUUUGCCAACAAAUGGAGACGAAGCUGUUAUGCACUUGACCAAUGGGAAAUUAGAAAAAGUAAAGACCCAAAGGAGGGCUUCUUCUCUGAGACAUGAAAACGUUUUACAUCAGUUUCAACUUACUAUGCUCCAGGUGUCAGGCAGUGGGGACAAUAUGGUGGAAUGCCAGUUGGAGACUCAUAGCAACAAAAUGGUGACAUUUAAAUUUGAUAUUGAGGGGGAUGCACCGGAGGACAUAGCAGAUUAUAUGGUGGAGGAAGUCUUUGUCCUCGAUGUGGAAAAAGAGACAUUUGUCAAUGAACUAAAAGCCAUAGUUGAAAAAGCCCAGGACAUUCUUCAAAAACAUACUGGAUCUUCUGACCAAGUGCAAGUCAACACUCCCACUAGUUCUACAUCUGAAUCACAGCCACAUUCAUCUCCGGUGGGACGUUGGCGCUUCUUUAUCAACCAGACCAUUCGCCACAGAGACUCUCUCUCUAGCCAAGGAGCAGCCACCACGCCACCCAAUGCAGAAUCAAGGACACUCCCACCCUCUCGAACAGAUGAAGAAAAGGAAGAAUCUCAGAGUCAAGAAUCCUGUGGGAUGUCCUCCUCUCCUUACCCAACUUUACCCGUCGUCUCCACUGCCUUAACCACUGUCUCCAUUGCCCCCACUACUACGCAGACUCCUUAUGCAACUGUAUCUCAAAGCAUUUCUGCACCAGCCUCAUCUCUUGAACCCCCCACCCCUCAAAACAUUUCAAGUGGUCUUGAAGUGCCCAUCCUCACCUCAACUUCUGCUGACCAAAGGCUCAGUGCUCCGUUAUCCACAGCGACAUCUGGUGCUCCCAACAUUUCCACAUUUCCCAGAAUGUCCCCUGCUGCUAUGGCUGGGCCUCUACCAGCCUCUACUAUUCAGACAGAUGCAACAGUAAGCCACAUUGAUUUGGAGCAUCUGCAGCAGACGCAAGCACAUGGAGCCAAAUCAGCUGUACAAAACCCACAGCUUGAACCGGUACAACAGCAGGCUGUGGUAGGACAAAAACAAUCGCAAGCAUUGCAUCUGGGGCAACAGGCCACCCGUAAUCUACAGGCAAAACCACCACAGCAGCAGAUACAAGAUCAAUUGUACCAAGAGCAAAUUCAGAAAGUGCAUCAACAAACAUCUCAGAGUUCUCCACAGGUGCUGCAGCAGUGUCAGAUACAAAAGCAAGCUGCUACUGUGCCUGUACAACAGCAACAAUUAAACAUGCAGCAAACAGUAGACAUGCAGCAGCAGGAAAUAAUGCAACAGCAGCAACAACCGCUGUACAUGGGCAGCCCUGCCUUUAUUUCGGAUCCAAGCCAAAUGUUGCCCCCGCCAGCGAGUCAACAGUUUCUUCAGGCACAACAAAAUGAUAACAACAUGGCGCAGCAGCAUGUUCUACUUCUACAACAAACCCCGAUACCUGCCCAUGUGUCACAACAGCACUGUCAGACACAAAACCCAGAGCAACAGGAAGUGGUAAGAGACAUGCCUCAUAAACAACAUCCACUUCCCAAACAAUCCUCUUUACAGCUAUCAGAGUCAGAGGUGUCCACAGAAGAGAUAAAUGUCCUAGAGGAAACGGGCAGCUGCCCUGUGUCAGGUCACCCUUCCUCAGACUCUUCUUUGCCACCUCUUCAUUUGGGAUCUACCGAAGCCUCUUUCCCUCCACUCUCCCUCACGCUCAGCCCGUCCCCUGCUCAACCGUCUUCUGUGGCCGAAUCAGACAGCGAAGGUCCCCCUAAAAUAGAAUUUGGUGACAAUCGGAUAAAGACGCUGGAUGAAAAGCUAAGGAACUUGUUGUAUCAAGAGCACAGCAGCGGGACGGCUCAAGCCGGGGUAGCCGCAUCCGCCCCGGCAUCAGCAUCAACUGCCUCCACAUCUGCAGGUGGAGAUGAGUCAUCUGAGCUGCUGCCAUUAUCUUUCCUCCAACCUGCCUCUAUCUCAGAUACGUCUCCCCAGUCCUCAUCCUCCACUACCUCCUCUACCACCUCCCGUUCUUCCUCCACCACCCCUGAGCCAGAGAGUUUUGGGAUAGCAGAGGAAGCCUCCUCAGAAGUGCUCAACUUAGCACAGCAGGACUUACUGGAGCAGCAACCUGGCCCAGCUCACUUGUACACCUCCAACAACACACUUCCCCCCAUCUCUUUUCCCCCUGUCGGUCAGCAUGUCUCUGCCGGGGCCCAGCACCCUCCCGUGCCAGGCGAACCAACCAUCCUCGCUGUUCCCCCACACUCUGACACCAGCACCACUGGAGAAGCAUCGCAGCUCUCCCUCCGUCAGCAACUGAUUCCCCUCGGGCACGGACCGCAGCAGCAUAAUGCAGGAGGUGGAUAUUUUGGCCUAAACCUGACAUGUCCUAGUAUCAGAAAUCCUGUUAGCAAGAAAUCCUGGACUCGCAAAUUCAAAAACUGGGCAUGCAAACUGCGCCAUUCCGCCAGCUUGUUCAAGAAGCCCAGAGUCCAGCAAGAGGGACGAUCCAUCAGUCAGUCGGUCAAAGAGGAGGAAGAGGUGACCCUACAUCCAUCACAGUCACGCAGAGGACGAUUUCAAGUGACCCUAGUGCCUCAAUCCUCUCCCCCAAAAGAUGCAACAUCAGCAGUCCACAGCAGCACCCACAGAAAAGUCGGACGCUUCUCUGUUACAAAGGCUGAGACCCAGGAGGAAGACAACCAGAGUGACAGCUCCCCAGUGCCUCCUGUAGUGAUCAGGGAGAGGAGGCGGUCUCGGCCAAAGGAUGCUAACAAAGAUGAGACCAAGAGGACACCGAGAUCGGUCCAUCUUUCUCGAUGUCAUGAGCACAGCUACUCCCCAGUAGGCAGCAGUGACGACGAAAAUGAUGAAAGUGAGUUGGAGGAUGACAACUUGAGAAGAGAACUGCACAGGCUUAGAGAGAAGCACAUCAAGGAAGUUGUGUCGCUUCAGGCCCAGCAGAACCAAGAGCUCCAAGAACUGUGCAGACAGCUGCGCUCACAAAAAGACCAGAGGCAAAGUCUGCCUGCUUGCCUGUCUCGUACACCUGCUCUUCCCACAGCACCCCCCGUCCUCUCUCCUCGUAGGCUGAGGCCGGCUAAAACUAAACUGCGGCCCCGACCUCACUCUCACAUGGACAACAAUGGAGUCACUCAUGCUGGAUUCCAACAGUCCAGUAUUUUUUCAAGCUCUGAGUAUGAGCAAGGCGGAAUUACCCCUCAUUUAAGUUUAGAGCAUCGCUCCUCACUGUCUACUAAAAGAGAUCUAAGCCCUACAAGGAAAAGCACAUUCGCUGACGAACUGCACAAACUGGUUGAUAACUGGACAAAGGAGACGAUUAGCCAAACCUUGUCUAAGCCUUCUCUCAAUCAGAUCAAGCAGAUUCAACAGGUGCAAGAGUUGGAAGGCUGGACCCAGCCGAUUGAGGUGGCUCCUCCGGGUUGGUUUCCAUCAGUACCACUAAAACCACAGGCAACCCCAGCUGCUGCCAGCUUGCCGGUGGCCGCCCCUCCGCACAGCACCGGUGGGGGCAGUCUGUCUGUCUUUUCCGAACCGCUGCAAACGCACACGGCUCAAGUGCCACAGAUGCAGGCAGGUUUACACCAUCAGCAGACGACUUUGCAGCACUUACAGCAACAUCCCGUACAGUCAACACAGCUGCCCAGCUCGUCACCUCAAAGCCAACCACCACUGCCUUCCCAAAGGACCACUUCUCCGGCACCCACUGCCGCGUCAGUGCGGCCGGACAGUGGUCCCGCCGCACCCGCAGAUAGCAGCGUUAUCAGUGGGGGUGCAGUUUGCUCCUGUUCCUCCUCAUCGUCGACCUGUUGCUCCUCAUCUUCCUGUUCUAAAGCUGCUCUACCUUCCAGUGCCAAAAAUCACCCAACGCCCCCCACCUCCGCUCUUCCUCUGGGAAAGAAAUGAAACUAAUCUCGAGGUAAAUACAAAGCCGCAACAGAAGUAUUAGACGUGCGUGGGCAUGGAGAAGGGGAUGACAAAAUGCAAGGAAUAUAUGUGAGAAAUGAUUGAUUCUGGCAUGUCGGCAACAUUUAACGCAGCACCUGAGUUUUGUGAAUAAUGGUCCGUGUGGGUCUUGAGAUGUACAAGUUCUUUAACGUAUGUAUGUACGGUGUGUUUGUGUCUGUGUGCCUGAGUAUUUGUACUACAUAUCCCCAAAAAACUUUUGCUCUUCAGAACAUCACCGCCAGACCUGAGCUUUGGCGAUGUGUUCAUAUCUUCUCCGUUUGUUUCAAUUUGUCAGCGCUCGUGGUGAAAGGACUAUCAAUUUAAGAAGUGCAAUUAAUAAUGAUCAUUGGAAUUGAUCAGCAUGUAUCCUAAUGGAUUGUCUGUUAGUCAUAAACUAUUUUUGUAUUGAUGAAGCUCAUUGAGGAUCUUUUUAACACAGCACAAGCUGCUUCGACGGGCCAAGAAGAAGCAUUAAAACAACUUACUCCAUUUCAGCUCCCAAAACAUAAGAUGAAGGAUUUCUCCUGCUCGAAAUAACCCAAAUGAACAACCUCAGUACACUUCCAAUAACACCAUUAUAAAUGUUACUUUAGGUGCUAAUUGCUGCUUUUUUAAUUCAACAAGUUAUUUUUUAUCUCAAUUGCCUUACCUUUGUUUUAUCACAGUGGGGGGAAAAAAAUAUUAGCUCACCAUUAUUAUUCAGUCCAUCCAGGAUUUCGCCAUCUUUGUUUGUGAUUGUUACGGCCUAAAAGACAUGAAUUUGCGGCAUCAUUUUCAGAAAGUUGUAUCGUUUUCAAGCUGCUAUUUUUUCAAUAACAAAGAAUCAACUUGUGUUUUUAUGAAA